GUUAGUUGGGAUGGGGCAUAGGUGUUGCAGUAAACAGAAAGUGAAAAGAGGAUUAUGGUCUCCUGAAGAAGACGAGAAGCUCGUCCGACACAUCACCACUCAUGGCCAUGGCUGUUGGAGUUCUGUUCCCAAAUUUGCAGGCUUGCAGAGGUGUGGAAAGAGUUGCAGAUUGAGAUGGAUAAACUACUUGAGGCCAGACCUCAGGAGGGGUUCUUUUACUGCAGAAGAAGAACAAAUCAUCAUAGAUGUUCAUAGAAUUCUUGGCAACAGAUGGGCUCAGAUAGCUAAGCAUUUGCCUGGGAGAACAGACAAUGAGGUGAAGAAUUUCUGGAAUUCAUGCAUUAAGAAAAAGCUGAUUUCACAAGGUUUGGACCCAAAAACUCACAAUCUGAUCACUUCACACCACAGACAGUAUAAUAAGAGUACUGCAUGCAAUGCAUCUCCUGCAACCAAACAAAAACCCAAUUCAGUUUUUACUGUGAAUUCGCGGAAAAACACCGAUAACUCCAUGGAAAGGAACCAGCCUAGCUUUGUCACCCCUCCUCUUCCUCCACAUAAUUCUAAUGAAUCUCCAUUGCAUUUUCAGACCAUUGCCACAUCCAUCUCCGAAUAUCAAAACCCUAAUGCAAUUUUGGCUGUUAAAGAUCAGAAUUGUCAUCAGGAUCACCAUUUGGACUUCCCAUCUUCCUUCGAGAGCACACCAAACAUUUCUUCUUCGUCUUCUUGUUCAGUAAACCCGUCUGGGUUCGGGUUCAUAGAUGGGAAUUGCAUAUGGGGUAAUGGAUCAGUUGUUGAAGUGCCCUUUGGAGCUCAAGGAAGGGAACAAAUACUACCCCCGCCGCAACAAGAACACCCACAGAAGGAGAGGAUUUGUGAAAUGCAAAUUGAUCAUGAACAAAAGGAUUGUCCAUUUGAUGGUUUUAGUUUUGAUCUUGAGUUUGUGGAGUCUACACUUAUGUCUGGUGCAAUGUGUGGUGAUCUGACCUCUAUGGGUGAUCUUGCAUGGAACUUUUAGGCCUUUUUUUCGAUUAAAUUUUUAUUACGAAAAAAAUAAAUGAUGAACAGUAUCAACUUUUAGUCCCUUGUAAAUGUAUAUAACUGUUUUUCUUAAGCUGUGAAAUUCAGAAACUUCAAGCCAGGUUGCAAAGAUAUUUCUCUCAU